AUGUCUGUUGCCGAAAAUCUUGUUAAUAACCCGGAGCAUGUAGCACCGGACGGAUCUCAGGUUGCUCAUGUUACUCAACAAAGUUCAACUGCACUUGAGGUAGAUGAAUCCACGGAAAAACAAACUACGAUUAAAGAAGCUGUAAAUGAUGCUAUUAACAAGACUCUUGAUGCCGUCAAGGAGACUAUUGAUAACAUUGUAGGCAUCAAAACUGAUACUGACAAAAAAGUUGAUGAUUCUAAAACAAAUGGCGAAUCUAAAGAGGAUGAAAGAAAAUCAUAA